AUCUCCACCUACCCCCACAAUCCCUUCAAAGGGCCUUUAGGUUUACUACCAGCAAGGCUUUCUAGUCCUUUAAAUCCUAGAGGCAAACUUUGAGGGACUAAGGAAGGCUGGGAGGGGCCUAUGGCUUAACCCUCUCAGUCUGGGACAAGAGGCCAACUCUCCCUGGGCGUUGACUCGGUGUUAGGUUGGGAGGCUGCUAUGGCCCCCGAGAGGGGCUGAAGCUUAUUCCCGGUGCAGGUGAGAUCCCGCCGGGAGAAAGAAGGAAAAAGGCGUCAGAGAGGUAGCCUCCAAGGCCAGGAGAGACCCCAGUUUAAGCCGGAUUCCAAUUCAGUCUGGACCACGAGAUGGCGUUGUUGAAGCAGGUGGGCCCUGCACAGCCCAAGAAGCGACUGGAACGUGGAGCACUCUCUAUCUCAGCACCCCUUGGAGACUUCAGGCACACAUUGCACGUGGGAAGCAGUGGCGAUGCCUUUGGAGAUACCUCAUUCCUGAGUAGGCACGGGGUUGGUCCACUUCCGGAGGCUGGAGCCCCACCAGUUGUGGCCCCACAUUCUGUCCCUCCACCUGCAGUUCCACAGGCCUCUGUGCCUAGUCUCCGAGUUCCUUCACCUGCAGACCCGCUACUGUCCUUCCACCUGGACCUGGGCCCCUCUAUGCUGGACGCAGUGUUAGGCGUCAUGGACGCGGAGCGCGGCGAGACAACGGCCACCAAGCCCAAUGGGGAUGCCCUCACUGGAAUGCAGCAUCCCAAUGCCCACUGCUGCUCCAAUGCUGACUUCCAGCUGGAUGAUGUCAUUGGUCUGUAGUAUCUUGAUUCCCGCAACUCCUCCCUCCCAGCACUCCACUUUUGUACACAUAAAUAGCCGAGUUUUACGCGGGAAGGGGUGCAGAAGCAGGACAGUGGUGGGGUGCCACCAACUAAAAGUCAAAUCUGUCCUCAGUGAUGCCUCUUUUAAGAGUUUGAA